CGCGCCGCCGCCAACGGACGUGAGGGACGCAAGAUGUACAGUCGGCAAUCGCUGGGACAGAGUCAUGGCGGAAGAAGAUGAAGCGGUCCGCGUACUGCAGAGUCUGAGGGGGAAGAUCUGUGAAGCCAAGAACCUACCUCCAUGCCAUGGGCCAAACAAGAUGCGAGAUUGUUUUUGUACCAUAAAGCUGGACCAAGAAGAGGUUUAUCGGACAAAAGUAGUUGAAAAAUCUUUAAGCCCCUUUUAUGGUGAAGACUUUUACUUUGAAAUCCCCAGAAGUUUCCAGUAUCUCUCGUUUUAUAUUUACGAUAAGAGUUUUUUCCAAAAGGAUCUGCCCUUUGGUAAAGUAUCUAUUAGAAAAGAAGAUCUGUGCAAGUGUAACUGCAAGGACAGCUGGUUUGCACUGCAUCUUGUUGAUGCUAACUCUGAAGUUCAGGGAAAAGUUCAUCUGGAAGUUAAGCUGAAUGAACUUAUCACAGAAACAGGAUUGGUUUGUCAACAAUUAGUGGUACGGAUCAUUGAAUGCCAAGGACUUCCUCUUGUAAGUGGGCAGAGUGGAGAUCCCUAUGCCUCUGUCUCGUUUGUUGGACCCUCGAGAUUGGAUCAAAAAAGAACGAAAGUGAAGAAGAAAACUAGUAACCCGCAGUUUGAUGAAACAUUCUACUUUGAAGUAACUCGAAACAGCAGUUACACCAAGAAAUCUCAUUUCCAAGUGGAGGAGGAAAAUAUUGAAAAACUGGAAAUCAGAGUUGAUCUGUGGAAUAGUGAAAACCUGGUGCAGGAUAUCUUCCUUGGUGAAAUUAAGGUUCCUGUAAAAAUCUUAAGGAAUGAUAAUGGUCAUCGAGCUUGGUACUUAUUACAACCAAAAGAAAAUGGGAACAAGCCUGCAAAAUGUGAAGACUUGGGUUCACUUCGCCUAUCCAUAUCCUAUAAUGAAGACUGUGUCCUUCCAUCUCAGUACUACAGUUUACUUAAUGACCUGCUGCUAAAGUCAUCUGAUGUAAAGCCUGUAUCUGCCUCAGCUGUCCAUAUCCUGGGUGAAGUGUGCAAAGGAAAGCAAGAAGCUGUGUUACCACUCGUGCGCUUAUUGUUACAUCAUAAGAAGCUGGUUCCUUUCCUUCAUGCUUUAGCUGAAUUAGAUCUCCAGCAAACACAGGAAGCCAACACCAUCUUCAGGGGAAACUCUCUGGCCACUCGGUGUAUUGAUGAAACAAUGAAACUCGUUGGAAAGUAUUAUCUGAAAGUGACACUGAAGCCUAUUUUAGAUGAAAUUUGUGACUCCUCCAAAACCUGUGAGAUUGAUCCAAUAAAGCUCAAGGAAGGUGAUAAUGUUGAGGUGAACAAGGAGAACCUUCGCUAUUAUGUUGAAAAAGUGUUUAAAGUGAUUGUGCAAUCAAGUAUGAGUUGUCCAACAUUGAUGUGUGAGGUGUUUAAUUCACUACAAAUAUUGGCAAAGAACCAAUUUCCAGAAGACCUUCAUGUGAAGUACUCUGCUGUAAGCAGCUUUGUCUUCCUUCGAUUCUUUGCAGUUGCAAUUGUUUCACCUCAUUGUUUCCAUCUACGACCUCAUCACCCAGAUGCUCAGACAUCUCGAGUCUUGACCCUAAUUUCUAAAACGAUCCAAACAUUGGGAAGCUGGUGCAGUUUAUCGAAAAACAAAUUGUCAAGCUUCAAAGAAUCCUAUAUGUGUGAUUUUUUUAAAGUGUUUCAAGAAGAAAAAUGCAUUGAUUCAGUUAAAAAGUUUAUAGAUGAAGUAUCUUCAGUGCAAAGUAAGGAGCCCAGUGGAGUAAAUGAAUCAAUUAUUCUCAAAGAAGGGGAAGUCAUUAAAAGAGCUCAGGGAAGAAACCGAAUUCGUAAAGUACAUAAUUUUAAGAGGCGAUGGCUCCGCUUGACCAACAGAGAGAUCUCUUACCACAAGCAGUCAGGUAAAGAGUCCCUCUACAGCAUUCUGAUUAAGAACAUUAUUGCAGUCGAGAAACUUGAAGAAAGGUGCUUUAACAGAAAAAAUAUGUUUCAAAUCCUCAAUGUGGACAGACCUGAAAGACCACUUUAUGUUCAGGGUAGUAACUGUGUAGAAGCUAAUGAAUGGAUUGAGAUCAUCACCAGGCUAAGCCGUUGCAAUCAUAAGAGGCUGCAUGUUUACCAUCCUUGUGCUUUUUUAUCUGGAAGCUGGAUGUGCUGCAAAAAUACGGAUGAGAAAGCAGUUGGAUGCACCAGCUGUAUUGGAGGUUCUCCAGCAAAUAUUCAGGUGGCCAUAGACUGUGACCGUGAAGCUGAAAGAAUAUUUUCAUUAUUCCAAGCCAACCUGCCCAGGCUGCAGAAAAUGGAAGAUGCUUGUGGGAGUAUAGAUGUGUAUCAAGGUCCUCAAGAGCAAGAUGAAUCUGCCCACUUUACUAUUCAGGACUCGAGAGUUACCUUUAAAACACUUCAACAAAUAACUGGAGUUGUGAAUGAAUUGGCUAAGUUUCACGAGCAGUAUAGAAUCAAGAGAUCAACGCGUGCUAAAUAUGGCAGUGAAGAAAAUCCUAUCGGGACAAAAUAAUUCCAGUGGAGGAGCAGGAUUUAGCAGCUGUUGUUAUUAUUUUACAUCACUUUGCUGGUAUUUUAAGGACACAAGUCUUCCUUCAGUAGAUAUAUGAAACAUUUUUCUGAAGGUGUACAUUCAUGUGAAUUCCACAAAAGUGAAAGGAUCUCAAUGCACUUUAAUCUCCUGAACUCUCCCAGGUGAUCUUAAUUUAUAAUUUUUUUUAAAAGGCUGAUACCUGGUAUUUUUUAUUAAUCUGUUGACCAAUCCAUUUGGUCAUAACGUUGCCAUUCAUUGUAAAACUAAUCUGUGAAUUCCAUAUCACUUUGGACUAUAUAAAUAUCUGAUCACCUUCCCAAAUUUUAUCUUUAUUAACAAAUGAACUGAGAGUAAAAGGUAUUAAUACUUGUUUUAAUGUCCCAGGAAAGUUUUCAUUUUCAUUUUCAAAAUCAUCCACAAUACUAUAAAUUGUACUAAGGACGUCCUGUUAUCACACUCAGUGUUCCUUGCGUAUUCAGUCUGGACUGUAUUCUUCAAAAAUAUCCUGUGCGCAGUAUUCCCUGUGUCUGCUGCUUUUCAGAAUUGAAAUAGCUAUCAAAUAGCUACUUUCAUCUCAUGAGAUAAAAGUUGUAAUAAAUACUUGAAUAAUUUGACAAAUGUCACAAGAUCAUAAUAGGUUUAAAUACUGAUCUGGAUAAUAUGGAGGGUAGUAGUCAGUAUUUCAAAUCCUGUGAAAUUAAUUACAAAAUAACUUCAAUAUUUCCAUAGAAAUCAAUAAAGGUACUAAUGAUGGGAGGAAGCUAGUUUGUAGCAUUUUAUGUAAAUUAUACAACCAUGCACACAAAAAAUCCUGAAAUGUUCUAACCAUAAGCAAUUUGCUUGUUUUAAUUUAUUUAAGGCAGUGCUGGAGUACAUAUGUGUACCUUUCCAGUAUACAAAAGUCUUUUCUAUUUGUAAAGGGAAAGAUCUUGGUUUUUAAUUAGUUUCAGUGCUUACUGUAAAAAUGAUUUUUGAUGAUAUCACACAAUAAUGUUUCAUUGCCUUACAAAGUUGGCCGUUGAUUUCACCUGUUUUUAUCUGGGGGUGCGUCGGUUGUUCAAUCCAUACGUGUUCAAAUUGAAGCUAAUUUUUGACGACCCCUGCAAGACAACUUGGGACUCAAUGGGCCUUUCUUGACUAAUAGUUAAAUAUCGUGCCAACAAGUACUUUCACCAACUUGCCUUGGGGGAAUCUUAAAAUAAUUGACUACUGCCACUAAAUACUUCUAAUCUUGGGGGUUAGUACCAAAUACAUUUUAAAGGAGUUACAGUGGGUGGAACCAGCAAAUAGUUCUUAUUGUUUGAACAGCUGGUUGCAUUCCAUUUUGGAAAACCUUAGACCUGACUAAACAAUAUUUUUGUUCUUGGCUGACUCUUCAAAUUGUUGCUCCCCUCACAUCCCCAGGAGAAUUAGUUUACAUUGUAAAAUAACACAACAUUUGGUAAAAUAUGUCAUCUCAUGUUCCUGAUUCUCAGCACUGAUUUGAAAUUUAAAUGAUGAAAGAAUGUAAUUAAUUGCUGCCAGAUGAAUUAUGCAUUGUACAGACCGCUGAACAAUUUGGUACGUGAUUAGGCAAAGUUUGUUUUGAUGUCUAUAUAUUCUCUUCCAGACCAUUUGAUGUAUAUGUUGCAAAAUCACCUUGAUGUAUUAUAUUGUAUAUUAGCUUUGCUCAAGUCUUUUUUUAAGAAACGGCACUUGUUUAACUGCAUGUUAGUGUUUUAGAAAUGUAUUUUUAUUUAAAUUUUAUUUUCUUAUCAAAACAUUAAACCAGAUUUGAAACUUGUA